UGACCUGCAGAGGCCUACGCAUGACAAUUCAUGCUAGGCUGGCCUUGUUUCAACGUGAAAUUGUAUGUUUGCUUGAGAAAAUCACGGGGGUUGCACUUUCUCAAAGACCAUCGACCAUGUCUGCUCAGGUUCUCAAUCUCAACAUCACGGUCGAUAAGGAAAACAACCGAGAUGGCUUACUGAAGGUGCUGGCGAAACUGCGACCAGCUUGGAAGGAAGAUGACAUCAAAAUCGAGCCUCUACAGCAGGGUUUCAUCAACCACAUGGUACUCUGCAAAGCAAACGAAAACAAAGAUGAAUGGUUGGUGGCCAGGAUAUUCGGCAUCAUCGUGGAGGGCUUCAUGCAAAACAGGCAGAAGGAGUUAAUCCACACAAAGUUGAUGGCGGAUUUGAAGAUUGGGCCUCCCCUCUACGCGACAUUCACCAAUGGGCUUGUUUCUGGAUUCGCCAAGGGCAAGAGCUAUUUCUGGACGGAUUUGUCUGCUUUUAAGGAUACCAAGCUCUUGAAGUCAGUUGCGCGGGCUAUGGCCAAGAUGCACUGCGAGGCGACAAGGCUGGUUGCUGUCGAUGAAUACGGAGUGGAGAAGGCGAGGACCAUGAUGGAUGUCCUCAGUGACUGUAUACACGAGUGGCCCAAGGUGAUCGUCAAUGAGGAAACAACAAAAUGGUUCAACAGUGAGGUACCGACCCAAGAAGAGCGGAGAAAGGAACUAGAAUUGGUGUUUGGCUAUAUGCAAGCAAUGAUGGACGGCCGGUAUGGAGAUAAAAUCCCGUUUUGUCACAACGACUGCAACCCGACCAAUAUCAUCUAUGACGAAGAAAAUGACCACGUGACCUUCGUCGAUUUCGAGAUGUGUGGUCUCGGUGAGCCUUUGGCGGAUUUGGGCAAUUUCCUUAUAUCGUCUGCCAUAGGGUUUGCACCAGAUCCACAGGGACUGUACCACAGUCCUGAAGUCUCGCGAGAAGUCGUCUUGACCUACUUAGAGGAGAUCAAUAAACAUGACAAUAUCCAUGAUGAAGUCAUGGAGGAACAAAUCCAGGAUACUCUUGACAUGGUCGAAGUCGUAGCUAUAGCUCAGUUAUAUUUCUUCCACGUUGCUCUAGCUAAACUGGCGAACAUCCCCGAGAGAUCCUUGGACCCCAAGAUGUUCCUUGGCAUGAGUAUUGCCCGCCUCAAGUGCUACUGGAGGGAUCGUGCCAGGAUGUUUGAGCUAUUGGAGAAACUGAAGAACAAAUGGUGUAAGAAUAUCAAGACGGACGAGAAGUGAAAAACGCAAAAAUAUACGGCAGACUGUCCACUAUGGUUACCUCUCGUGUACCUGUGUGACUGUCCGCUAUGGUUACACCAUACACAUAGCGGACAGUAAUGACUGUGUCCACAUGUAACCAUAGCGGACAGUAUGCCAGCUAUAACCGCAUUUUAGGUCACAUUAUCAAACACUUAGAGCCAAGUGCUUGAUGUACAUGCUACACAACACAGCACGUGCAAUGACAAUCAUUACUUGGGCAGAUAUGGUAGAAAAGCGCAAUUUUUACCCUUAAUUAGGCGUAGGGCUACACAAACACUAAUUUCACUGCGUAUUUAGGACAGCUUCAUAAAUAUGAACCUAUUAACAGUUAUGUUUUAGCUAUCAUCUAGAAAUACCAACCAGGAAAUCCACGUCAAGUGCAAAAGAACAGGAAAUAUUCGAGGUUGGAUCUGCCUGUGCUUUUAAUUCAUUUGCUGUCGUCUGCUUCGGUAACUACAGCGGACAGUGAUUUGCUGACACAGAAACUGACUGAAACCGUCGGCCAACCAGAAAAACGCAAGCCACGGAACGGGCGGUGACAGAUUGGAAGAGCGUCAGACUUGUCAUCGGAAGGUCGUGUGGGUUCGAGGCUCGAUCAGUGCCUGAUCUCCAAAUACUCAGCCAACAUUAAAGUUCUGCUGACCCACAAUAUGCCCCUAGAUGAACUUCUAAAUAAGUUUGACCUUGGUAUAGAUUUAUCACAACUCAAUUACAUGCAAAGUCGAAAUCACAUAAAGGCCUAUGUAGUUCGAUUUAAUGUGCACAGUCAUUUGCCAACAUUUAGCGGAGCACACCAUUCGUAAUUACUGGUGGGUCAGGAAAUGCAGUUAAUACACAGAAUGCUUUUGUGCAUUUAUUAUGCAUACAAAUUAGCUGUAACCUGGUGUUUAUAGAAUUUAUAUACCUGCCUACACAAACCCUUGUUAAAAUUCAUAUUCAGUAGGCAUUAACACAAUUUGAAACUGAAAGUUUGAUUAAAAUAAAUUUCAAAUUUUAACGAAUGGCA